AUGGCUACUCCCUGCAUUGGUGACCAGAUCAUUCCCAAUGAGACAAACAUUGGUGCCAUUGUGAUUCUCACCGCCCCCGAAGAGGGAGAGAAUGUGUGGAUUGCCACGCAGACCGAGGUGGCUCACAACCUGCCACCACCAGCUCCAGGACGAGGCAAGGGCCGCAAGGAAUUCAGCUGGUCCUUCGGACCGGUCAAGCUCACCGGCUACAUCGACACCGACACAUAUGAGAUAGGUCUCAUCAUCAGCGUUCUGGGCAUCAACCUAGGCAACAUCUACGGAAAUAUCAAGGAAGGCGUCGUUGUCAAGGUCAACUUGGGCCUCGCCAAAGGACAGCUCAAGUUUUAUCUCAAGAACGGAAACGAACUCUGGGUCCACAUCGACAUCAAAGUCCUCUUCGAUGGCAGCUUCCAUGGCGAUUACAAGAUCAUCUCCUGGUAA